UGCUUUUAAGAGGAAACUUUGUGUUUUGUUCUUCAAGUUCACUUUAGUUCUCGUUGCUCUCUCAUGCUGCCUUCAUGUGUUUAUUUCCGUGACGCGUGAGAUGCGCACCGGGACUCAUGCAUCAGUCCGGCUCGAGUUCCUCACGCAAGUCGUUUUAAAGCUGUGUUUCGGAUCGUAAUGUUUCCAAAAGUUUCCUGCACCGGAUUGAACUACAUGGAAUAAUGUGGCGGAUUGUUUUGUUGUGUUGCGCUCUGGAGGGUUCCGUUGCGUUCAGCGCGUUCCGGCCACCUGCGAACGCGUCUCUGCUCGCACCUGCCCGCGGCGUCGUGCGCACCGUGGAUCGGAUUUAUCACGGGGGAGGAAAAGCCGGUUACCUUCUGUACAUGGACGAGCAGCGCUUUCAGCUGGAUAUGGAGCGGGACGAGUCGAUACUGUCUCAUCACUUGGGUUUGAACGCGGACGCGUCGCCGCCGCGUCGGGAAUGCGUUUACCGCGGCACCGUCAAUUCAAACGCGGAGUCUCUUGCGGUUUUCAAUCUGUGCGGCGGCGGACUUGACGGCUUUUUCGCGCUGGAUCACGCACGGUACACCAUCACGCCGCUCAUCCGGGCGAAGGGGCACGAGAAUGACGCGCACAUCGUCGAGGACGCCGACGCGACGCGCGCUCUCCACUACUACACGCGCGACAGCUUCAGUUUCGAAGCGAUGCAGGAGAGGCACAGCUGCGGCACGCGCGACCGCAAAACGCGCAGGGAUAAAAAGCGGAAGCGCGACGAGGAUGCUCGCAGAUGGUGGACGAAGUUUGAGAAGCCCGACGCGCUGACGCGACGCAAGCGCUCCGUGUCUCGCGCUCGGCACGUGGAGCUGCUGCUGGUCGCCGAUGCGUCCAUGACGAAGAAGUACGGCAAGGACCUGCACCACUACCUGUUGACGCUCGCGUCCAUCGCGUCCAAACUCUACGGCCACGCCAGCAUCGAGAACCCCAUCCGCCUGUCGGUGGUUAAAGUCGCGAUUCUGUCCGAGAACGAGAAGGGGAUCGAAGUGACCAAAAACGCCGCCGCGACGCUCAAGAGCUUCUGCAAGUGGCAGAAUCAGCAGAACCCGCUGGAUGACGAUCAUCAGCAUCACCACGACGCGGCGAUCCUCUUCACCAGGCAGGAUCUGUGCGGUCAUCACUCGUGUGAUACUCUCGGUAUGGCUGACGUGGGAACUGUGUGUUCGCCGGAGCGGAGCUGUGCCAUCAUCGAAGACGACGGGCUGCACGCCGCCUUCACCGUAGCACAUGAGAUCGGGCAUCUGUUGGGUCUGUCCCACGACGACUCCAAGUUCUGCGAGGAGAGAUUCGGCUCCACCGAAGACAAGCGGCUGAUGUCGUCCAUCCUGACCUCCAUCGACGCGUCCAAACCCUGGAGCCGCUGCACAUCCGCCACCAUCACUGACUUCUUCGAUGACGGAAACGCCGAGUGUCUGCUGGACGUUCCUCAUCUGCCUCUCUUGGGACCGGAGGAGCUGCCGGGUCAGAAAUACGACGCCGUCCAGCAGUGCCGUCUGGCCUUCGGGCCCGAGUACACCGUUUGUCCCGGGAUGGACGUGUGCUCGCGUCUGUGGUGCGCCGUCAUCAGGAAGGGACAGAUGGUGUGUCUGACCAAGAAACUGCCGGCUGUGGAAGGAACUCCGUGCGGGAAGGGCCGGAUCUGUCUGCAGGGGAAAUGUGUGGACAAAACUCGAAAGAGACACUACUCGACGUCGAAUCACGGCAGCUGGAGCUCCUGGGGUCCGUGGGGUUCGUGUUCUCGCACGUGUGGUGGCGGGGUCCAGUUUGCACAUCGUCUCUGUAACAACCCUCCUCCCCGAAACAACGGCCGCUACUGCACCGGGAAGAGAGCCGUCUACCGCUCCUGCAACGUCACCCCGUGCCCUUCAGCCGGUAAGAGUUUCCGUCAGGAGCAGUGCGAGCUGCGUAACGGGCCUCAGACGGAUCCUAAAGGAGUAAAGACCUUCGUGGAAUGGGUGCCGAAGUUUGCCGGCGUGCUUCCCAAAGACAUGUGCAAACUCACCUGCAGGGCCAAAGGGACGGGAUACUAUGUCGUGUUCUCACAGCGGGUGGUUGAUGGGACGGAGUGCCGGCCGUACAGCAGUUCUGUGUGUGUGAAGGGGAAGUGCGUUCGAACCGGCUGCGACGGGAUCAUCGGCUCUAAACUUCAAUAUGACAAGUGCGGCAUCUGCGGCGGCGACGGAAACAGCUGCAUCAGAGUGGCUGGAAACUUCACCAAGAAGAGUAAGGGCUACACAGAUGUGGUGAAGGUUCCCGAGGGCUCGACGCACCUGAAAGUCCGACAGUACAAAGCCAAAGGCCAGUCGCGCUACACUGCGUAUCUGGCGCUGCGGCGGCCCGGAGGAGAAUACCUGCUCAACGGAAAGUUCAUGAUCUCCACGUCCGAGACUAUUAUCCCACUCAACGGCUCCGUUCUCAACUACACCGGCUGGAGUCAGCGGGACGAGGCCCUUCACAGCUUGGGCCCCGGGGCCAUUCAGGAAAGCCUGGUGGUGCAAAUUCUGGCCACGGACGCUAAGAAACCACUAGACAUCCGCUACAGCUUCUUCAUGCCGCGCAAAUUGCCGCUUCCGCCGCGAACGAUCGCCACGGCUUCGGGAACGGCCGCGGCACUGUCGUCGGCGGAGAUUGUGACGUUUACGACCGAGGUUCCUGUGACGACGGAUCCUCCGACGACGACGCCCGCGGGGCCACGUUGGGUGACGGGAUCGUGGAUGACGUGCUCCAGAACUUGCGAUACGGGUUGGCAGAGUCGCACGGUGCAAUGCAAGGACCUUCAAGGGAAGCUGUCCAAGAGCUGCGCGCUCAACACCCGGCCGUCUGCCUUCAAACACUGCCUGAUUAAAAAAUGUUGAGGACCCCUCGAUCAGAAAAACUUUCUGACUGAGCUUCGUGGAGCACGUAGACUGAACCGUUGCAGUUGCAUUCCGAUCACUGUGGAAUUCUGCUAGUGUUCGCAUUCGUGUUGCGUUGUGACUCGGACAAGGAGCUUUGGCUUUAGCCUUGAAUGUAGUGAUGUUAAGCUACGCCCCUUUGGCAAAGCCACACCCUUUCAUCCAAAUGACAUGCCUCUUGAGUUCACACUGGCAGUGAUUUAAACCAUUGAUGUAGUGUUUGAGGCUCUGGCCUCGAAUGAGCCAGCUUUCAGCCACGCCCUUUACCCAAACGACACGCCCCUUGACUUCACACUGGCAGUGACUUAAACCAUUGCGAUUGUGUUUGAUAUUAAGAUUACCAUUGAUAAAAUGGAAUGUUCCAUUAAUGUUUACAUAACCCAGAAAAAAAACAUUUUAAAAACAGAAAACAUUUAGAAAUAAUGUUUUCAUAACUUAAUAGAAACAUUAGCAUUUAUCAUGUCCAAAAACUAAAAAAGACAAACUUCCUAAAUGAACUUUGUGGAGCAUGUAGACUGAACCGUUGCAGUUGCAUUUAUGUAAAUACCGUUCCAAUCACUGUGGGAUUCUACUAGUGAUCGCAAUCAUGUCAUAUUGUGACAAGGAGCUUUAGCUCUAGCCUUGAAUGUGGUGACGUUCAGCCACACCCCUUUGACAAAGCCACGCCCCUCUUCCAAAUAAAACACGCCCCUUAAGUUCACACUGACAGUGAUUUAAACUGUUGCUGUAGUGUCUGAGGCUCUGGCCUUGAAUGUGGCAGCAUUUGGCCACACCGUUUUGGCAAAGCCACGCCCAUGGCCCAAACGACACGCCCCUUGACUUCACACUGGCAGUCAUUUAAACUAUUGCUGUUGUGUUUGACUUUAAGAUUACCAUUGAAAAAUUGAAUGUUCCAUUAACGUUUACAUAACCAAGAAAAAACAUUUUAAAAACAGAGAGCAUUCAGAAAUAAUGUUCUCAUAACUUAUUGGAAACGUUAGCAUUCAUCAUGUCCAAAAACUAAAAAAAGUGUUGAGGACCCCUCAGUCAGACAGACUUUCUGACAACUUCGUGGAGCAUGUGAAACGUUGCAGUUGCGUUUAUAUAAAUGCCGUUCCAAUCCGUGUGGAAUUCUACUAGUGUUUGCAAUCGUGUCGUGUUGUGGCAAGGAGCUUUAGCUUUAGCCUUGAAUGUGGUGACAUUCAGCCACGCCUAUUUGACAAAGCCACACCCCUUAAUCCAAAUGACACGCCCCUUGAGUUCACACUGACAGUGAUUUAAAGCAUUGCUGUAGUGUUUGAAGCUCUAGCCUUGAAUAUGGCAACAUUCAACCACGCCCCUUGAGUCUGCACUGGCAGUGGUUUAAUCAUCGCUGUAGCUUUUGAUGUUAAAAUGCGUUCACAUUUACCACUUAUAAAAUGGAAUGUUCCCAGAAUCCUGCUAGUGUUCACAAUUGUGUUGUGAAUCAAGACAAGGAGCUUCGGCUCUGGCCUCAAAUGCGGCAGCUUUCAGCCGUGCCCUUUUAACAAAGCCACACCCACUCAUCUAAAGCCCCUUAAGUUCACACUGGCAGUGUUUUAAAACAUUGCUGUUGUGUUUGAUGACUGUUGCUCUGCAAAACCAAGAUGUUCCAACAGGAAUUAGUACAACUGUGUUAAAAACCUCCCCACGCUUUUUUUAAGAAUUCGCUGCCUUUACCAAUAGAAAACUGCUUGGUUCAAAAGUGACUUCUGGGUGAGCAGCACUUUAUACAUCUCUACUUAGUUGACAGUAGACAAUGGACCUUUUUGGUUCACAAAAUUAAUGUGUUGCCGUUCCAACUUGACUGCAGGGCUGCACAAUAUAUAUCGUAAUUUAAGUUAGUUUCAAUGUGUGGUUGCGUAAAAGUGCAGUAAUUCUGAUGAAAUAUAAAAAGCAAUAUCUCAGAUGAAAACAUUUGUGAUUUUGGAGCAAAAUAAUCAUUAUUAUCAGAUUAUACAACUAUAUCAGUCUGCAUUUCGUUGGUCGUCGCUGCAUUAUGUCCAUUAUAGUGUCAUAGCUUAUUUGAAUAAAGCUGGACCAAGUUAAAGUCAAAUGAUCAACUAAGAAGUGACUUUGCAAAUCGCUGCCAGUGUGAACGUACCAUUAAGGGUCUGAUACAUUUCCAACAUCAUCCAUAAGCUUCGACUGCAUGAACAGAAAGGUCAGUGCAGAGUGAAUCUCAUAAGACUAAGACAAACUGGGAAUAUGACUGACCGCCGGUCCGUUCCUGAGCUCAUUUUCAGGGUUUGAGCUGACGUUGACGUGUUUGUUCCUCUGCGCUCCAUGUUUAUGUCCGUUCGAGUCUGAAAGUCCCACAAUGAACUGAUCUUCCUUUCUUUGUUACAGAAAAACUAAACAGGGCUCUGAUUUGUAAAUUGUGUGUAUGUCAUUUUCUGUGUUCGAGGCUCGAACGACACUGUGUGCCCUCGAUACUCGCAAUAACGCCAGCCGAUCGCUCACUUACUCACAGUCGCGCCGUUUACAUGUUCAUGGGAAUGUUUCGGGUUCAAAACAAACACAAACCUUGUUUACAGUAAAACACUAUAAUGGACGUCUAUGAGGCAAUGAUUACACAGGGUUAAAGCAGAAAUGUGAAACAUGUAUGUUUAUUAAAGCCUGUAUACUAGUUGCUAUGUACAGAAAUGUGUGUUAUUUGAACUGUAAGCCCAGCUGACACAAAACGUUCUUAGAACGUUCUGGAAAAGUUCUUUUAUGAACAAAUGUUCCUCCAGUAACGUUAAUAGAACGUUUGUUUAAAGUUAUAUGGUCUUCUCAAAACAUUAGCACAAAAAACAUUAUUUGCAAAGCAUUCAUGGAAUUUUUAAAGAAUGUUUUUCAGUUGGACAUUCAUCUAACCUUUUUGAAAUGUUACGUUUAAAAGCAUUCAAAAGUAACAUUCCUAUAAUGUUUGCAAAAUUUUAAAACGGAAUGUUUUCUUAACAUUCAUAUAACCGAGAAAAGGAAGAAAAUAUAGUUUUCUUAACCUUUACGGGAACAUUAGCACAGCGUUCUUAGAACAUAUUUCUGUUCGCUGGGAGAUUCUGUUCUUGACAGAUGAACUUUUGGUUAUGUGCUUCUGAUGUAAGUGAUUUUUACAUGUUCAUAUAAUGUUGCACAGACAAGGUGACACGUUUAACAUGUUUUUUUGUUAAAGUCUUGCUCAAAACAAUGUUUGUUUGUUUUUUGUUUUUUUGUUUGACAUUUAUUCUGAUAUGAUUCUUGCCCCAUGGACUUCCAUUGUAAGUUACUGAAAACACAAUCUUUGAAACUGGGGGAAGAGCUGAAAUUAUUUUCUGUGUUAACGAAUGGCUUGACUUGUAUUGAGACUGGAACAUUCCUUUGAAUCAUUUUUCACCUCAGUUCAACCUCACAACUUCAUUUUUCAGACCGUGAAACACUGAAGCUGAAGGAAAUAAUGACACGGAGUGUGUUUUCAUGCUUCAUAGCUGACAUAUGCAAAUGCUCAUGCAAAUUAGCGCCACUUCUCAGAUAUGUGAUGUGUGUUCAGAUUGUUCAGUAACAUACGUGUGAUUCAUGUACGUGUGAUUUUAUGAGCAGCAGAAAUCAGUUUAAAGUCAACAUGAUUCAGCUCUAUUUACUUUCAUUCACAUUCCUGCUCUUAUUCUAUAAAAUAUCAUUUUUCAUAAUUAUUUGACAUCGUUUGACUCCAUUGCAAUUGACCGUCUCAUCAAUUUAUAAAUAAAAUAACAUUUAAAAUUGAUCAAAUUAAAUGCAAAAGUCUUGCACUAUGUUUUUUCUCUCAUUAUAUAUCAAGUUUUAUUUGGAAAUGCAUCACA